AUGUAUGAGAUAACAAGGCAUUCUGAAGAGUUUGAUAAUGGAUUGACUGAAUUUAUGAAAGUUGCUGAAGAGAAUCGGAAGAAGAAUUGUAGAGAAAAAAUUUGUUGUCCUUGUAAAAGUUGUCAAAAUUUAAAUUGGUUUUGUGAUGCUAUACAAGUUAGUGCACAUAUUAUAAGUAAUGGGUUUAUGAGAGACUAUGUUUGUUGGUAUAUGCAUGGAGAAAAAAUUGUCGGGGAAAAUUCUAGUGUUUCUUUAUUUAAUCGGGUUAAUAGUGAUGAAAACGAUGUUUUGUACAAUAAUAACAAUGGUAAUAAUGACAAUGGUGAUGAUAACAAUAUUGGUGAUAAUGACAAUGGUGAAAAUAUAGAUAAUAUGUUUAAUGAUGUGGAGGGUGAUAUUGAUGAACAUGAUCACGAUGAAUUUCAACAACUGUUAGCUGAUUUAAAAACAAAAGUGUAUGACGGUUGUAAAUAUUCCAAGUUUUCUGCUGUGACGGAAUUGUUAAACUUAAAAGCGGAUUAUGGAUGGAGUGAUACAGGUUUUACAAAACUUUUGGAGUUCAUUAAUAACUUGCUCCCUACAGGCAAUAAGUUGCCAAAAACAACAUACCGUGCCAAAAAGUUGAUUUGUCCGAUGUGGUUGAUAAAAAAAAGAAUACAUGCAUGUCCAAAUGAUUGUAUGUUGUAUAGAAACGAAAACAAAGAUUUGCACAAAUGCAAAGAAUGUGGUGCAUCACGGUAUAAGCGAAACAAAGAAAUCAAUCUUAACGAUGAUGUCACAAAGAAUGGCCCCCCUGCUAAAGUUUUAUGGUAUUUGCCCAUCAUACCAAGACUAAAACGGUUAUUUGCUAAUGCCAAACAUGCAAAGUUGUUAAGGUGGCACGAGGAUGAGCGUAAAAAGGAUGGAAUGAUAAGACACGUAGCUGAUUCUCCCCAAUGGAGGCAUAUUAAUAACAAAAAUCCUGAAUUUGAAUCCGAGAUUAGAAAUAUCCGUUUUGGUCUUAGUUCAGAUGGGAUUAAUCCGUUUGGAGACAUGAGUAGUCAACAUAGUUCAGAUGGGAUUAAUCCGUUUGGAGACAUGAGUAGUCAACAUAGUUCAGAUGGGAUUAAUCCGUUUGGAGACAUGAGUAGUCAACAUAGCAUAUACUUCUCUUGA